UCCUGCGCGCGCUCUAGCUUCCGCCGCGCACCGCACUCGGUGGCAGCGCUCGGCGUCCGCGGACUGCUGCGCUUGUGCGGACUUCCGCACUUCGCGUUGCUUUGUAGAACCGUGCGCCGUUUUGUCACCGCACUUGGUGGAGAAUGAGGAAAUCAGCGCAACAGUGUCAGUUGGCUGCUAUCUUCAAAUGAUGGACUACGCUGAAGGUGAAAGAUGCCUUACGUAUUGGCAGCCAACAACACAUAUCAUCACCGAAUUUCCGAGAGCAGAACUGCUAACAAAUCUACCAGGAACGAAGUACAGUAGCCUUCAGGUUACUUCACGUGCAGGAAUGCUGACUGCAGGUGGGAAUGAAAAGUGGAAUCUGUAGGCAAAGAAAGUCUGAGGAACUGCUCGCACUCUAAGUAGCUAAACUGAACAAUGGAAAGAGUAAUAAAGGAUUGUUACUUAAUUAUGUACUUCUGGAAGUUUAAAAGUACCACUGAGAAUAGUCAUCUGACGUUCGCGCAGAAUAUUCUGUGGCAAGUGGCGGAUGAUCGUGGAGUAGAGAUGGUGAAAUAUUAGGAGAAGAGGGGGGAAAAUUUUGGUGGAGCAGGUGGUGCCGGUGUUUCCGAAGAGAGCUGUGCGACGGGAGUGAGCAAGAAGGCGCCAGCAUGAACGACAGCUCGUGCUCGCAGUCCAAUGCCAGCAGCACGGACGGACAGCUGCUCUUCGAGUUCGUGGCGUACGGCGUGCUGCUGAACCUGAUCGGUAUCUUCGGGAUCGUAGGCAACAUCAUCUCGAUGAUCAUACUAUCGCGGCCACAGAUGCGCUCGUCCAUCAACUACUUGCUGAUCGGGCUGGCGCGCUGCGACACCGUGCUGAUCGUGACGUCGGUGCUGCUAUUCGGGCUGCCGGCCAUCUACGGGUACACGGGGAUGCUGAUGGCGUACUUCUACUACGUGUACCCGCUCGUGGCGCCCAUCGUGUUCCCCGUGGCGCUGAUCGCGCAGACGGUGUCGGUCUACCUGACGCUGACGGUGACGCUGGAGCGCUUCGUGGCGGUGUGCCACCCGCUGCAGGCGCGCUCGCUCUGCACGUACGGCCGCGCGCGCCUCUACGUUCUGCUCAUCCUGGCACUCGCCACCGUCUACAACCUGCCGCGCUUCUGGGAGGUCACGCACGUCGAGGACUUCAGCCCCAUCACCAACUCCACCAUCUACACUGUGGCGCCCACCUCCCUGCGCGACAACCGCAUCUACAUCUCAGUCUACAUACACUGGCUCUACUUCAUCUUCCUCUACAUCCUGCCGUUCGCCUGCUUGGCCGUGCUGAACACCGCAAUAUACCGCCAGGUGAGGAAGGCUAACCAAGAACGGCAACGUCUGUCCCGGCUGCAGAAGAAGGAGAUUGGGCUCGCGACGAUGCUCCUGUGUGUCGUCAUCGUCUUCUUCCUCUGCAACAUCCUCGCUCUGGUGAACAACAUUCUGGAGGCAUUCUACUGUAUAAACAUCGACCAGCUGGUCAAAACGAGCAACCUGCUCAUCACCAUCAACUCGUCGGUGAACUUCGUGAUCUACGUAAUUUUCGGGGAGAAGUUCAAGCGUCUGUUCCUGAAGAUGUUCUGCUCGCACGGCCGGUGGCUGGGUCACGGGGGCCGCGACUCGCCGGACGGCACGCACGACGACAGCCUCGUGUCGAACGGCGACGGCCGCCACUACUCCAUCCGGCUGCAGCGCAGCGUCACCAGACACGCUAGCCGGCGACAGGGGCCACGCGCCCCCUCGCCUGGGCCAUGCGUCUAUUAUCCCAAGCGCACCCACGAGCGCACCCACGAGUGGGACGCAACCACCUCCACCACCGUCAACAAGCUGUGAGGUGGGCAUCGUCGGUCAGAGCCACGUCCCCGUGUGGUCUACCCGAAUGCCACCACGACAGGAAUGCCACCUCCCCCACCAUCAUCAAAAAGUUGUGAGGAGGACAGCGUUAACCAUAGUCUACUACUCAAAGCACAGCCUCGAGUGUUGCAAAACCACCUUCAUCCCUGUCAAUAAUCAGUGAGGGGGGCAGUGUCAGUCACAACCUUAUCCAAGUAGUAAAUACCCUAAGUACAACCAUCAAAGUGAUGCCAGUACAUCCUCCACCAUCAACAAGCGGUGUGUUGGUCAUCAUUGGUCACAAUCAUUUCCCGUGAGGACUACCCCAUGUGCAGCCACGACGGCCACCACCGUCAACAAGUUGUGAGGAGGGCAGCAUCGACCGAAGUCUACUACCCAGAGCACAGCUCUGAGUGUCAUGCCACCACCCCAACACAGUGAAUAGUCUCUGAGUAAGGUAUCAACAGUCACAACCCUCACACCAAGUCAGAAACCCUACCUGCAGCGACGAGAAUGAUACCAAUACGUCCACCGUCGUCAAAAUGUUGCAAGGUGAGCAUCAUCAGUCACAGUCGUGUCCUUGUGUCGGCUACCGUAAGUGUAGCCCUGACAGGAAUGCCACCUCCACCUUCACUGUCAAAAAACUGUGAGGACGGCAGCACCAGCCAUAGUGCAUUGGUCGAAGCGCAGCCUCAGUUGUGACGCCACCACGACCUCCACCACCGUCAAUAAUUUGUGAACUGGGCAGAACCAGUCACGACCCUGACCCCUUGUCAAAAACCCGAAGUGCAGCCAUGAGAGUGACGCUAGAACCUCCAGUACAAUCAUCAUGGACGCGACCAUCCCCAAGACCGUUAACAAGCUGUGAAAAGGGUACCAAUUCUCGACACUCACUGUGGUGUCGAUUUUAAAGCGGUACCUUAUCACCACUAGACACAUGCAUGGUACCAAUUUUUAGUUAUCAUUUAUCACAAUGUUACUUAUAUUGACUGAGAUACUAUAAAAUCAUUUCCAUUGUGAUGCCCCCUCACAACUUGUUUGAAAUCAUUCCCAAAUUGUUUUUGAAACAAUGUUCAACUCCACUGGAUCCUUACUAAUAUAUAUUUGUGGUGUAAUAUGUUAUGACGUCAUCCGUUACUAUGUCGCCAUGAAAUGACUACAUUGCUGUAAAGACAUUUCUUUGGUGAUCUCUCCCAGAACACCUGGAGGAACUGGUCCAGAUUGGUAUAAUUGAGCAGAUUCGAUACUCAAUAUCAGUGACUCUGCCUCCCCACCAUGUCAGUUUCAAAACGAUGCCCUCGUCCACUGUAUCCCAAAUAGCACAUUUGUGAGAAAUUAUUUAUUUCAUCUCCAUCCUUCACAAUAUCGCUGUGUAUUUACUGACACAUGGCCACGUUAUGUCUAUAGUGGUCCAAUGCACAUCAAGUUUAAGAUCAAGUUCAUGUGAGAAUACUAUGGGAGCUAAAAUACUCAACAACAGGGACCAUGUCUCCCCGCAAAAUGACUUUUAAAUGACAGCAUACUCCACUGGUCCUUCCAUAGAAUACAUUACUGGCACCAGAUGAUAUGUCGUCAUCCAUUGCAAUCAUUGAGAUACUGUAGCGUAGUUUCUGUAGUUAUCCUGCAACAUCUCAUUUGAGAUCUUGUCUUUAUAUGUGUGUACAUGGACAGAUACAGCAGAGAACGUCAUGGACCACCUAAACCUUCUGCAGUGGUGUCUCAUGCAACCCAGAGAAGAAUUGCCAAAAUGUCGAAGAUCCACUAACCAUCAACGCCUCAUCAUACUGUUAAUUUAUUAAUUUUAUAUUCUACAUGUGGAACUAUUUCAGUUAGCUCGCCGAAUCAAAGAGACGUUCUGCGGCAGCGAAUGGCGUCUCUUUGGUUACCGCUCUGAAGUUUCCACCUUAUCUGACUCAUCCCGCCAAUACGCCCAUAGCUGGUAACUGCAGACCCUGUGUGACACUAUAGUGUUGCCAUCACUAUCCUCUUAUUUCCAUAUCAAGUGUACUCUUCUUAUCUUCAUUUGCUACCACACGAGCGUACACCGCCGGGUGCAGCAAUCAACGUGACACAUUCCAUUCCAGGUCAAUGACUUUUCAUAAGUGCAAUGUAAGGGAUGAACAGAACGUAAAAGAUAACCUUUCCAUUAGUGCUGUUGCCGCUGAUGUCACAGAAAUAAGCUGAAAUUAAAAGGCAUAUAAAUUAAAUGAACACCCAAUAAUUUCCUUUACAACAUUUUCCUCAACGUUCACCUGAUGAACAACAGGAAGAACCCGUUCAUUUCUCGUCCUUGAAAUACCCUUUCUCCUAUUACAAAAUGAACCUUGAAAGGCUCAACGAAACCCAGUGCAAAGUAUUUACAGCCAGUUUGUGAUACAGGGCUCAUUAAUCGAGUUGUAAGGAACUCGUUUAACUUCACUUAAGUCACAGUGGGAAAUGGCGAGAGUGACAAGAGGCAAGGAUUCAAAGUGUCAAAAUUUAAAAACACUGUGCACUUUUAGAACUGCUGCUCACUCUACUUAAAACCUACCAGUUUACCACGUGUAUUAAAUUUAGCUCUGUAUCUUCUAUAGGAAUCGUAUCUAACUGCUGAAGCCUCCAAAACAUCAAGCUGCCGUGAAACAUCAUCUAAGACAUAUCUACGUGGGGCGACUCAUCUUUCAUGUCGGCAAGCAGAAGAGUCUUGCAUUAUGCUAGAAACUGAUCGCCGAUAUGAAAGAUGAUUCGCCCAACGUAAAUAUGUCUUAGUUCUACAAGCUACUGAGAAGUGUGAAAUAUGUUUGUCAAGAGAAGAGGACUCCUGUUGUUUCAUUUAUGUGACUGCUCAACUAAAUACAAUAAACCAAACGAGGAUGCUGCAUUUAAAUACUGUUGUGGUACAAUAGCCAACAUUCUGCAAAGUCAAGACAUGAGCACUGACGAGAUUUAUGUCUUGUGUGGUGUAUUAAUAUGAUAAUGUGAAACCCAUUUUAAGUAAGACACAGGAAGAACGCAGGUGUACUGUCCACAUGGAAGCCCUACGAGUACUAUACAUUCCUUGGCACUGUGACAUCCGUAUGUUGCCACUAUUUACGGCACUUCCCUUGGUAUUAUUUCCCUAUAUUACUGAUUGUGUGUGUGUGUGUGUGUGUGUGUGUGUGUGUGUGUGUGUGUGUGCACCCGCGCGCGCGCGCGCGUUCGCGCUCGUCAGGAGGAGUAUGAUUACUGAGGGAACAGAAAUUUCCUUAAUCUGUAUAAGGUCAUGUGUGGUUUUGUCGUUCGUAAAAAAUCGCUAGAAUCACAAUAUGCUAAGGCUCAUUGUUAAGUUUUUAUUUAAUUUCUUUGGAAUUAGAUUCUUUCGUGUUACAUUUUUCGCUAUUAUCUCGACUGUGGGUAACAGUCUAUAGAGGGUGUCUCUCCUUAGAGUCAUCAAGUGCAUUUUCUCUGCUGUUUGAGAAGAUAAUUCCAAUUUAGUUGUUGCACUGUGUUCAAGGAGCCAGCCCAAACAAAUAGUGAUCGUUACGUCUUUCACGCGACACCCAACGUCAACAGAAGGCGUCGGUGUGGUUCCCUUAAAAAAAAAAAAAAAAAAAAAAAAGUUAAGCGGGAUUUUACGUGCCAAUUCGAUAGAAUGAUCCUACAUUACUUUAGUGCGAUAUUUUUUCUGUCGAUAUGGAUUACCAGGGACAGUAAAUCACGAGGAAUAACUAGUAGUCAGGAGCGACAGCACCGACCUGACUCGCGCUGACUGCUCCCGCCAAGCAAGAAGCGCUGCUUAGUCGCUGCUGGACUACUGUUUAUUCUUCGUGAUUUACUCCCCCUGUUAAUACAUACAGAUAAAACAAAUAUCGCACUAGACUAAUCUGGAACCACUCUACCCAGUGGGCACGAAAAAUUCCGCUUUCAAAUCCAUUUUGCUUCUAAUGGCAAACAAACCGACGCUCUCUGCUGACACUGUCCUUCGCAUGAACGACGGGACAAGCAGUAAUAGUUUGAGCAGACUUAACGCAACACGUUGCGGAAACGAAAUGGAAAAGAUCUAACGAAAAACAAGAGAAAAUACACCUGACGACUCUUAGGAGAGACACCCGGUAUUUUCUGUGUGCCCUACCGAUAUUAAACCCUUGUCCCAAUUCCCGGUCUGAAAUACCAUAUUUGUAAGCUGUGACGAAGACAGUAUUUCGUGAGUAGCUCAUUUGAUUUAAUGCUAGUGUUUAAUGAUUUUUGUAAUAAAUAUUAAGUGUCUGAACUAUGAGUUCAUCAGCUGUGUGAGUGGAUUCCGUUGCCGUACAAGCAGACCCUCCCUCCGAUCAGAUAGAUCAGGAUAACGUCGGUGGGCUGGUCACUUUUUUCUUCGCUACAUUCUUGUCCACUCCUUACAACAACCUUUCCUAAGUUUCGUCUGUAUUAAAGCAUCACUACAUCAAUUAAUGUUUUAGUUACUUUUAAUAUGCGCAUGUGCUGUCGCCUGACGUUCUGUGUUUAUCUCUUUUACGCAUCUUCGUGUUAGGUGUGUGAUAGGCGUUUCCAACAUUUCAGUGAAGGAUUUAUAGAUGUUUCUUGCUGAAAUAUGUUUGCAUUACGUUCCAAAUCAGUUACAUUGGAUUUAAAUCACAGCUGGAAGGAGAUAGUAAAAGGUCAAGAAACUCGAUUUCUUCUAAAAUCUAUAGAAAAUUACACAAGCAUAUGUUUAUUUGUCUUGAAAAUUACGAAUAUUUCUCUUUUGAUAAUGUUUUCUGCUAAUGAAAUACUGUUUUUCUUAGGCGCGACAGCGUAUUUUCUUUACAUGGUAUAACAUUUGAGAUUUUACUUUCACUAACUAUAUGAAACGAAGCAUUGCCAAAUACAGCACUGCAUCUACAUGCUGUAUGUGAGAUAUGUUAUUAGCACAACCGUUUGACGUAAUUUGUACUGUUCAUGUAAUAUGCUUUUAGAAAAGGAGUAGUGAUGCCUUCGUGUCUCCGUUCAGUAUAGAUAUAUCCUACUCUGAGAUCACAUCACUAGCAAUGAUUUCCUUGGAGGUGUCGCCUUUUUACACAUAUAAGCAAAGUAAUACAGCAGACAUUCUGCAGUGCAGAGCUGGCCCGCUGACUAAACUUACUGAUCGCAGGAGGGCACGUAAUUCCCCCAUUCCGCAACCCACGCAACUUGUGCAGCUAGUUCCAGCAUCUUCCCCCGGUAAAGGAAUUUCAGACGGGCAAUAAGACGCACGUUGGUGAAAAACAACACUGUGGAUCGUCCCUCAGGAAACACUGAAACUUUUGUCACCACCGUCGUCUAAUGAUGUAACGUUUUAUGACCAAUGAGCUACUAUUGCAAGUGAAUUGAAUUCCCGAAUACAGCUGAAGAUCAUCAUUGACAUCAAUCAUCAGAGCAUCACCAAUAAAUCAGGGCACAGCAACACAGUGUUCCUAGUAUUAUAAGAAUUCACAAAAAAUUCGAAGAUUAGUCGCCAAAGGCAACUCUCAGGAUCCAUUGAAGGACUGGAGACAGUUCUUCAUAUAGUAGGGGGCAGUACUGUAUAUAUGUACCUGAGAAAUAAAAAUUUCGUGCACUAUUCCAGAAAUGUUAUUAUCGUAAUGCUGAUAUUACAGCAGUAUUAUAUCCACGAGUUCGAGUUUAAUUACCAGUACGGAAGAGGCAAACGACAGGGUACCAUAAAUUAUUAUACACUAAAGUAUAUGAAAAUUUUGUAAAAAAUUACAGUUACAAUCAUGUCAUAUUUAAUGGCCCCUUUAUUGAAACCAGACUUACGUAUGUAAUAGUGCAGUGAAUACUAGGAUUUCAAUUAGCUGCAAAAUCUAACUUCACAGUAUCCUGCUACGACGGAUGUGGUAGAAUUUAUAUCAAGAAAUAAGAGUAAUGUUGGACUGUAGAAAAAAAUGGACUGUACUUUUAAAGAAAGGCAUAUAUUUACCUUAUGAAAUGUUUUGCGUCCGCCGAAAUACUGUUGUAUCUGUUUUCUGUCUAUGCAUUCGAGAGUGUGGGAUGUAAAAGGUCCAUAUAGUAUUACAUCGCAAAUUUCUGGUAGUACUCGAAACGAAAAAAAUAUGCUGUAAGCUCUGGAAAAGUGAGCAAUUCAUUCCCAUAAUUAUACUGAACGUUAGAAGCUAACAUGAGCAAAAGCUUUAUACCAUGAUAGAUGGAAGAAAUCGGUAACCACAAAAAAUAUUUCAUAGUCCCUCUACCUGUUCCUACGCAGAAAAGAUUUUGUAUUAUAUUAGUGUAACUGGUGAGAAAAUUGUUUAAAUGGAUGUAAUCACUUUAUCUCCAGUAUGUGUCAACUACUUUCAAUGAAAUAUUUGCUUAAGAAUUAUUGUAUAUUUUUCUCACAAGUAUUAGUAGAAUACAUGUGUCAUACUUCCCUAAUGGCAGCAGUAACAGCUGUGCUAAAUGUAAUUAUGGGCAAUCGAGCUAUAUAUAUAUAUAUAUAUAUAUAUAUAUAUAUAUAUAUCUUGAGUCCUUCGAAAUGAAACAUAUUUGCCGCUCUUUACUAUAUGAGAGUACAUAUUUAGGAAACUCCUAUUUUUACAAUAUAAAAUCAGAAGUAUUGAUCUUAAUUAAAUGGGUAUGUCUGUGGACUACAAUAGUACGAAACUUAACAAUAUUUUACGCUCCCUUCUUCCAGUUUUAAGCAGUAGUAGUUACAUCCUGAACCCUGAUUGCUAGCGGAGUGUAUAAAACACCUGUACAGCAGUCUUCCAGUAAUGGAGUUCUUUGACCGUUAUGAGCUAAAUGUUAUCGUGUAUAAGCUUUCAAAAAUAUUAUAUACUGUAAUCAUGGAAUAUCGUUGUACAGCUGUGAACCAUGUUUUCCUUGUUGUGUGAUUCUUUCCUUUAUUCCUGGUGUCAUGUUUCCUCUAUCUCUAUUGAAUAGUGUUAUCAGUCUUUUCGUAGUUUCAGAUGCUUACUCAUAUACGGGUGGACAUGUGAAUUAUUAUGUGGAAAAGUGUAGUAUUAUUCCUUGAAACCCUGUUUAAGUACAAACUUGAAAAACAUUAUUCAUGUAGCAAAUACUCGAUUAUGACUAAACUAAUUGUCCUUUUUAUGGUGUUUUGUGUAAAACGAUUAUUACGUAAUUACUUGAAGACAGACACUUCAUGUAUUGGUCUACGGAAGCAACAAAGGUUGCGCAAUACUUCUUUAACUGAACAGAGUUUCAACUAGUAAAAUAUAACAUCAAAUAAUGAAUAAUGAGGAAUAUUUUCGAUCUGCCUGGAGCAAAGUGCAAAAAUUUCUGGAGACACACACAAGUGAGAACCAGAGAUAUGGUACAAUCUAUGUUUAUUUAAUUAAAAUUAAAACAAAAAUUUCAAAUCAAAUAACUAAGAACAACUAUCUCAAAAUUUAAUAUAUUUCAGAAAAUAUUUGGGUCUCGAAGAACAGAUAAUUUUGAGAAAUAAUCUGGCGUUAGAAUAUCUUACUAAUACAGGUAAAUCACUCCCCACCCAUCAACGGACACAAAUUUUCAUAUUUUUUAUCGUCGAUAGCAACGUCACAACUUUUUAUAUAUCUGUGGAUAAAAAUGUCUCAUAUUCACAUGUGCGAGCCAUUUCAUUACUUCAGCAUACAUGGUUCAUUUGAAAGUUUAAUCGCAACUUCACCAUGUGCUUGAAAUAAUUACUAUGCGAAGAGAUGGCGGCAUAUAAAACAACUAUACGUGUGUGAGUACAAAAGGAAAUGCAUUCGGCAACUAACGAUAAUCUGCCAACAGUCCUCGUGAUGUAACUCUGAGAAGUAUUAAUAAAUAAGCUUACAGUGCAUACACACUACUAUACAUGGUGUAUUGCAAACAGGAUAUGAAGAUUUAUGAAGAUUGUUAACCUAUUUAACGCUACCUGCUUUGUCCCCACGAGUAAAUGUCAUUAUUUUCGAAUUAUGUGUUACAUAAGGUAUGCAUGUAUGACAUAUGUUUACGCUGUGUAAAU